AUGUUGGGGCAACAACUGGGCACAAGUGUGGGCGUGAGCAUGGGCACGGGCACGGACAAGGGCGCAGCAGCGGGCGUAGGCGCGGACGCGGGCACGGGCGCAGGAGUAGGCGCAGGAGCGACCGUAGGUACGGGCGCGGGCACAGGCACGGGUGUAGGCGCAGGAGCAAGCACGAGCGCGGGCACAAUGGCAGGCACGGGCGCGACGGUCAGCCGUGGGGAGGCACAACUGGUCCUCCUUUGCUCUCUCUAUCUCUGUUUCUUUCUUGCUCUUGCUCUCACUCUCACUUGUGCUCUAUCUGAAAAUUCUGAUCUUGAAAAUUACGAGAGCCUCCCUUGA